GCAUACAUCUUUUUUCUCACCCCGCUUGCUUGUGAACAAGUCCAAGCCAGGGAGGGAGGAAAGCCCCUAUAUAAAUUUGACGACUCCUCACUGUCCACGCGCACAUUCUCUCCAAGCGCCUAUCUACCACUACCACCACCACCACCAUCGCCUCCCUCCUCCACGCCCGGACCCCGCCAUUUGCACUCACCAAAAACCUUCAUCAGUUCAUCACGUACAUCUUUCUCAAACCUCCACACACCAACUCUCGACCACCUUCCGUGCAUCGCUGUGUACCGUACGCGUCUACAUGGGGCGAACGAGCAGCAGGAGCACGAGUCAUCCGCCGCAGCUCCGGCGGUACGUCCUGCCGCUGCUCCUCCUCCUCCUCCUCCUUGCCAUGGCGUCGAGCUCGAGCUGCGAGGCCUCGAGAGGCAUGCAGCCCUUCAGGGGUCGGCCGCUGGAGCGAGGGGCGGCCAACCAUUUCUUCGGGUUCCUGCCGAGGGGCUCGGUGACGCCGUCGGGGCCGUCGCGGAAGCACAACGCCGUCGGCCUCGACGGCCAGCUGGAGAAGCCGUGAAGCAAAGGAGGUGUGCGUUGGCCGUCCCGAUAGAGAUAUAUAGAAAUAGCUCACUCAUAGGUCCAUACGUGUAUGAUGAUGAUGACAAUAUGGCGUGUAGAUUAAUGUUUACGUAGUAUGGGAGUAGGUUGGUGUGUAGCAACUAUUCUUGGAGAGGUUCCUUCGUUGGUUUCUUUACCUUUGGGUUUGGAGCCGGCAGAGUUGUUGAUGCUUCCCAACUUUCCUUCCUUUGCAAAUGCAGCCUCUUUUUUUCUUUGGAUAAAGUUAAAGGAUGAUUGACGAAA